UUCAGACCGAAGGUUAUAAAGAACUUUGUCACUGUGUUGAUGUAUCGCCCAACCGAACAUUCCGUUUUCAACACGUUGCCCCGAGACCAGAACGAAUAUCCUGCAAGUUUAAAGUUUGUCAAGACAAAUGUAAAUUUGACAAUCCUGUCAAUAUUAUUGUGUCGCUGUAUUUUGAGUCCGAGGUAAUUGUCUUCACUCUAUAAUAUCAUAAUUUUUACAACUAUUAUGAGACCAGUAACAAAUUGUUUUAAAAAUAAUUUCGUUGAUUUUUUGGUCAUUCAAAGCUAUAUUUAAAAGUAUAGGUAAUAGUCAGCCUAGACCUAGGCCUUCUAUUUUUAUUUAUAUUUUUUUAAGAUUCAGCGCUUUUUCACAUGAAAAGACUGGGACCAGGUGAUUUGGGGGCGGGGCGGAGGAAGGACACAAGCCCGACGCAAGCGGGAAAAUAGAAGGCCUAGUGGAUUUCCCAACAACAAGGCCAAAACUGCCCUGAAACUGCCCUGGUUGCGAAAUGCUCAAUUAUUGCGCUCUCAAACAGAAUUAUUUGCAACUUAACAGCGAAUUUAAACCGAUACAGGUAAAAUAAACUCAUUUAUAGUAUAAACUUACUAUUUUUAUUUGUAUACACGUCUAGAAAAUCGGGUUUUUAUCAUAAAGUUUGAAGCAACACUAUUAUUAUGUUGACAAGGUGAAGCGAAAGUACAAAAUAAUAACUUUUAUUAUACAUUGUAAUUGGUAAAAGCAAUUUGAUUGGCUAAGAGCUUACAGUUAAAUCGCGCAAUCACGCAACCUACAGAAAAUUUAGUUAUCUGCUAGCAGAUAACUCGGUUAUCUGCAAAUGAGCCUGCGAUGAUUAGCAAGCGGUAUCUAUUUACAGUCAAAAUGCAAGAACAUUCCAGAACAUUCCCACUUCCGCUUCUGUAACUUGUUUUGUAUUUCUUUAAUUUGUUCUAUUUUCUGUAGCGUUUUUUAUCGGCAAAUAUCGCGGUAGAAUUCCCCUUUCUUUCCUUUAUAUACGUCAAUUUGUAGCAAAGGAUACACCUUUCGUUAGAUUCUUUGCAUAAAAGUUGUGAAAUUUUCAUUUUAGUACGUCAAAUUAUUGUAUUCGGUAAUUUUAAAUUUGUAUAGUAUGAACACACUAGGCUGCGGUUUAAAACCGAUUUAUCAGCAAAUAUCGCUAUAAGAUCUAAGUUUCGCAACUUUUAUGCAAAGAAUCUAACGAAAGGUGUAUCCAUUGCUACAAAUUGACGUAUAUAAAGGAAGGAAAGCGAAAUUCUGCCGGAUCCUAACGCUAUAUGUGCCGAUAAAGCGGUAAUCGCUACAGAAAAUAGAACAAAUAAAUACAAAACAAGUUACAGAAGCGGGAAGGUUCUUGUAUGGCGAGGCUGAUAACGCUUACCGAGACCUUGAUAAUUUUGCAUAUCGCAAAAACCGAAUUCAAUAAUUGUUAAUUAUUCGCAAGACAAUCUACUGUUUUGCUUCGAAUAACUAUAUUUGCGAAUUGGGAAUGAGGAUUUUGAAAUUAUUGUUCAAAUAUUACGGAUAUACCAUUUGUAAACAAUGUACGUUUUUAUAUACAGUACUGUACGGGCUAAUAAUAUAUGUAUCCGUUUUAUUUAAUAAAUUAUAAUUGUAUAUGUGUUUGUAUAUUUUACAAACACAAGACUGCUUCUUGCCAAAAUUUAUAAAAUAUAUAUUAAUGUAGUUGUGUAUAAGACAAAAUUUCAUGAAAGAUUCUACUUUUGGUAUAUAUUUUGACUCAUUUUGUGCUUUCGCUACACCUUGUCAACAUAAUAAUAGUGUUGCUUCAAACUUUAUGAUAAAAAACCCGAUUUUCUAGACGUGUAUACAAAUAAAAGUAGUAAGUUUAUACUAUAAAUGAGUUUAUUUUACCUGUAUCCGUUUAAAUUCGCCGUUAAGUUGCAAAUACUUCUGUUUGAGAACGCAAUAAUUGGGCAUUUCGCAACCAGGGCAGUUUCAGGGCAGUUUUGGCCUUGUUGUUGGGAAAUCCACUAGGCCUUCUAGGCUUGGUUCCUCCGCCCCGCCCCCAAAUCACCUAGUCCCAGUCUUUUCAUGUGAAAAAGCGCUGAAUAUUAAAAACAUAUAAACAAGACUAGAAGGCCUAGGUCUAGGCUGGGUAAUAGUACUAUGGUUUCGAAUGCAAUUUGGAAAAAAACAUGCGCGACUCGAGUGAGUUUUUUAAAUUAAAGAAGAUCAAAAUUGCACGAGCCCAAGUCUUUGAAAAACUCACGAGUGUAUUGCACGAGAAACCAUGCUAUUACACGCUUCGAUAACACCUGUGCACACAGAUUGUUUUCAUCGCUUUUUAGCAAAACCUUUUCAGUUUAUGUGCUCUUUGUACUUAAAUUGUUAUAUUUACGUACGUGACUUGCCAUUAAAAGUGCCACUGCAAAAAGUCUUCAAAAAGUUAAAAUUUACAUUGCUACAAUCUGCCCAAUCUCGUUCCCCGAGCAUGCCCUUUCGCAGGGUAAGGGUGUGCAUAGCUCUGGAGAAAUCGAAUUGAUUCACGUUGGAUUUCCAACGUGAGUUCUACGCAUACCCGGCAAAUGUUGCAAAAUAUAAACAAAGUAUUUAGAAUUUCUCGUCGAAAAUUUGAUACUUUUUACACUGAUCACUUUUUUCGAUUACAAAUGGAACAAGAACAGACUGUUUAUUGUUUACUUGAAAGAAGAGAUGUUUUUGCCGUUAUGCCAAUGGGGAUUGCUUGUCGUGAGGUGUUGGAAUAGCAACAUUACGACCGGGGUAAACUAUAUAGUAACCUUUACCACAGAGACUUUAAUACACUUGAGUUUCAUUAAUUUCAAACAGACUUGAUACGCUAUAUGUUCCUCAAGAAAAUGAUCUUUUGGUUGAUGUUGAGAUGCAGUUGCAUGUAAGCCUAUUCGAAACACUUUGCGAUUUACAAGGCUUCGUUGAGAGAGCGAAACAGAAGACGGUAUUAAAUUGCCGUUUGAAACUAAACGAUCUGGACUUUGAAUGCUCUCUUCUUUUGUAGAGUUCUUUACCAAAUGAAAUAACUGAAAUAAAUUUUGUACUUUCCGCCGCCAACAAGAAUUGCACACACGAUCUGAUAUUAAAGUGAGACAAUUUAUUUAUAACAAUGGCCACAGCGAAGCACACACUACAGUAUAAAUGCUAAUGUGGUCGCACGACUUCCCUCACGAUUUGAAGUUUGAGACUGGUUUUCUGUUCAAAUAUUCGUCCUAAUUUGCCUGUUCUGAUUUCAGUUGAAAAUGGGCACUUGCAAAUUUGGCAAUUACUGACUGCGUUGCUUGCUUUUUUGGAGUUAAAACGCAGCCAUUUACACAUUGUUUAAUAUGUUCUGAAUAAGCAGAGAAAACCCCGCAACAUUUUAAUGCGAGUUUGUUUGUUAAUAUUUGGGUGCUGUCAUUGGUUCUUUUUUGACAAUUGACGCGCGAAUGGGGCGUGUUAUGAAAAGGGGCGUUUUACAAAAUACCGGGCCUUGCUUGCAGGCCCACUAUCAGUUCCCUUGGGCCUCCACGCUGGCUAAUCACCGGCCUGAAUCAAUUCUAUUUCUCCAGAGCUAUGCCCACCCUUAACCUGCGAACGGGCAUGCUCGGGGAACGAGAUUGCGCAAUCUGCCGCCAUGUUAAUUUUUCUUGCCUUGUUUCCAGGCUCUGCUCUUGUUUUGUUAAUUGCGCGCACUAGAGUAAUUGCACUGCUUUACAGAUAUUUCAUACUGUCAGUUUAAUUAAAUUAUAGAAAUUAAUUGAAAAAGUUACUUUUUCAGAUAAGGAGAGCACAAUCUCAAAACAAUAACAACACAGCUCGUGGUAUAUAUACUUCUGUUGCUUCGUCUUCUGGCUUCGCUAGCGCUGGAUCCGGAGAAAACACAACUGUUGCAUUUAUCCCGACAGGAUUACGGAGGGACUUGAUCGAGCUGUUGGAUAUGAACAUCCCCGGAAGUGAUAAUUGGGAGAUGUUAGCAGAACAUCUAGGUCACAAUCUACAGUUUAUACGGUGGUUGGAUCGCCCUCGUAAUAUCGAGAGUCCAACAGAGAAGCUUCUUAUGGAAUGGGAAAACAAGGUAACUGAAAAUCCAGAAGACGCAUUACGUAAUCUUGAAAACGUACUUUGGAAAAUGAAAAGACAUGAUGCUGCAACUAAAAUACAGAUGUAUCUUGAUGAAUGUACAUGUUCAAUCAAAAAGGAAACCACAGUAUAACAGUUUGCAGCUUUGCACUAAUCACUGACGUGUGUUAGAUGAAGGGCAGCAACGUGACGGCCAAGCCUAGUAACGCAAUUAAAAUUAGCAAUAUUUAAGAAGAGAAAUGAUCAUAGUAAUCAAAAUCCUGGGAGAUUUGGACGUCAAGUUCGCUCUGCCUGCAACCGAUAAACCAAGGUUUAUACGUCUUUGUGAAACAAAGUUUGCAUUUUCAGGAACCGUGGAAACAGACGGGGGGGGGGGGUGGAGUCCCCACUAUAUUUUCAAACAUGAAUUUAUUAGGUAUUAGCAGUUGCUGUAUAGUUGUCAUGGUAACACGAUCGUUUUUAUAUUUUUUUUGUAGAAAAUGUAAAAACAUACUUUUGGUUACCAGAAAUACAUGCAUGCAGCAACCCCUCGCCUGUAUUUUCCAAACAUUGAUUUAACAUGAAGUAUUAGUAAUUGAUCAACACUGAACGUAGGUUCGCGUUUACGUCAGUGUUGCCAUAGCAACACGAUAAUUUUAAGUUUUAUUAUUUUUUUGUACAGCACGCCAAAUAUAGUUGAAAGAUGAUUGCUUUUAACUAUAUAACAAUGAAUUUCCGAAAUAUGUACUGUAGGUAUUUUGUUCUGCAUUUUGUGAGCUUUGAUUUAAUGUAAAUAGCCGGGAGGAAUUAGUACCCUCGCCCCGGGCAAACGCCAGGAACGGCGCUCCGCGCCAUUGGCUCUGGGACAAAAUCAUCAAUUUCCAGAAUAUAUAUAUAUAUGUCCUUACUUAUGUGCUUUAUCGCCUCAAUGUCUUUACUUAUACAAUGUCUUUACUUAUACAAUGUCUUUACUUAUGUGCUUUAUCGCCGUUUUUAAAACUGUGAAAUGCAGUGAGCGUGCGCAUAAAAGCUUAGGCAUAAUGUGUAGUAUAUAAAGUUCCGUAGUGUCCCACAUCCACCACACUGUCUUCUAUAGUAUAUACAUUCUUGGUAUGUGGAAGCUCAUCAUCGGUGCACUGUGCUGAUGAGCCCCCAAAAGGGCGUUGUUUGAGCUUUCCUCGAAGGGCGCUACAAUGACUUUACUUAUGUGCUUUAUCACUGUGAAAUGCAGUGAGCGUGCGCAUAAAAGCUUAGGCAUAAUGUGUAGUAUAUAUAUAUAUAUAUAUAUAUAUAUAUAUAUAUAUAUAUAUAUAUAUAUAUAUAUAUAUAUAUAUAUAUAUAUAUAUAUAUAUUAUAUAUAUACUUGUACCUUUAUCAGGUAGGAAGCAGCGGGACAUAAAAACGAUAUCGUCCCGGAUAUCGUUUUUUGUCCCGGAUAUCGUUUUUUGUCCCGGAUAUCGUUUUUUGUCCCGCUAAAUUUCGCGCGUUGUCAAAACAAAGAUGGCCGACUCGAGGUUCGUGUUGGUUGAUGUCGACAGUUUAUCGAAGAAAACACAACGAUAAUACAAAAUGAAAGACUUAAAUGGUAUAUUAUUUAUUUGAAUGGUCUAUUUAUUUUCUAAAAUCAUAUUUGUUCAGUAAAUGAUGAAUUGUUUUGAAUUCUAUUUUUUCAAAACUGUUUACUUUUGGGUGUCAAUUGUCAAACCCUGAUAAAGGUACAAGUAUAUAAUAAAUAGGUUAUCGUACUCGGGAUUCGGUGAUAUCAGUUUUAUCGCUCUCGGGACGAUAUCACAAUUGUCCCUCGCUCGCUGCGCUCGCUCGUGACAAUUGUGAUAUUAUCCCUCGAGCGAUAAAACUGAUAUCACCUCAUCCCUUAUAUGAUAACC